AUGCCCAGUGACUGGCAAUCUCGCUCCCCCCACGACCCUGUCAUAAUAGACGGAGAGGUCAUUGGCAAUGAUCCGCGCGGUACCAAUAUCGCCGUUCAUUCUGUUGCAGUUCUACCUGAGUAUCAAGGGACAGGAGUGGGAAAUUAUCUUGUUAAGGAGUAUGUGGAGUAUAUCAGGAAUGCGGACAUAGAGGCAGAUCGAAUUGUGUUGAUCUGUCAUGAUUAUCUGGUCCGGUUCUAUGAGCGUGCGGGAUUUAAGAACCAGGGGCCGAGUCUGUGUCAGUUUGCCGGUGGGGGGUGGUUUGAUAUGGCGUUGGAGAUUUAA